GUGCACAGCCGGGUGCCGGACUGCCGGGUUAGUGAACACGGUGAACAGUGAACACGGUGAACACACUUAUCGUAGCAGUAAACGUGACCAUUGAAUGUGGCAAUUCUACAUUACUUAAAACAAUUAAUUCUACAUAAAAAUGGUUCUUGCUGAUCACGAGGAUUCAAUUGUUAUAACAGCAAUGUUGUUCAGCGUAUUAAACAUGUUUUCGGGAAUUCUCAUCUGUCUAGAUAUUUACAAGCAAGGCACUGCUGAAGGAGCAGAUCCAAUUCCAUUUGUUGGAAGUAUUGGAUUUGGACUACUUCUGCUAGAGCUUGCUUCAAUCUUAAAGGACGAAUCCAUUGAAUAUCUCAUAAUUUUUGGUAUCAUCAUGGACAUUAGUUACGUUGUUUUUUUUUAUAUAUAUACACCAAAUAAGGAGGCAUUACUCUAUACAGUUGCCAAAAUGUUAGCAAUUGUAAUUGCACUUUUGAUUUAUGCACGUCUUGAAGACCCAUUCACACUUGAAUUUAGAUGGGGAGUAAUAGUCAAUAUUGCCUACUUUUUGUUAGUUGUUUCUCCAUUCUUUAAUCUUAGAUAUAUAUAUCGCACAAAAACUUCAGGUAUACUUCCAUUUCCAAUAAUACUAAUAGGAGCACCUGCUUCAUUUCUAUGGCUAUUUUAUGGAAUUAUUCAUAAUGAUGGUAUUAUGAUUAUUCAAAAUUGCAUUGUGUUGGCUAUACGAGGUCUUCAGUUAUGGUGUCUUGGCCACUAUCCUAAAAGAGAUAAAAAAUUAGAUAAAUCAAACCAAGAAGAAUCAUCUAAACCCACUGAAGUGAAAAAAUUAGAUAUACCAAGCCAGGAAGAACCAUCUGAAGUCAAUGAAAAAGAAAAAUUAGAUAUACCAAGCCAAGAAGAACCAUCUGAAGUCAAUGAAAAAGAAAAAUUAGAUAAAUCAAACCAAGAAGAACCAUCUGAAGUCAAUGAAAAAGAAAAAUUAGAUAAAUCAAACCAAGAAGAACCAUCUGAAGUCAAUGAAAAAGAAAAAUUAGAUAAAUCAAACCAAGAAGAACCAUCUGAAGUCAAUGAAAAAGAAAAAUUAGAUAAAUCAAACCAAGAAGAACCAUCUGAAGUCAAUGAAAAAGAAAAAUUAGAUAAAUCAAACCAAGAAGAACCAUCUGAACUGUAA